CACUCCAGGUACGCAGGAAACUAUCUAUACUUGCAGCACAACCCUGAUUGCCAGAGAACACAAAUGCGCAGCACAGCGAAAUGCUGAUUCCUAGAUAGCAUUAAUGCGCAGCACAACACAACGCUGAUUCCUUUAAACACCACACUGUCCUUGAUAAUCUUGUGAACGUCCUCUUUUUGCCGUCGGCUGUGUGUGUGUCAGCGCCUCGCGUGAUAGUUCACUCCAUCUCAAGUGCAUUUUUGUGUUAACAAGUUGCGUUGAAAUGCUACUUAACGCUUUAUCGAGUCGGAUAAAGCUCAUUUCAGGAUGUUCGUUGGCGUUCACCGCCGCCCGGAUGUAUUCUGCUGGCCCGGCAGCCACUAACCCUGUUGUCUACUUUGACAUUGCUGCAGACAACCAGUCCCUCGGGAGAGUAACCUUCGAGCUGAAUGCUGAUGUGGUACCAAAAACAGCAGAGAACUUCAGAGUCCUGUGCACAGGUGAAAAGGGUUUUGGCUACAAAGGGUCUGUCUUCCACAGAGUCAUUCCUCAGUUCAUGUGCCAGGGAGGAGACUUUACUAAUCACAACGGAACCGGAGGAAAAUCGAUCUACGGAACCAAAUUCGAAGAUGAGAACUUCAAGCUGAAGCACACAGGACCUGGCAUUUUGUCAAUGGCCAACGCUGGGCCCAACACCAACGGCUCUCAGUUCUUCAUCUGCACCGACAAGACAGAGUGGUUGGAUGGCAAACAUGUUGUGUUUGGCAGUGUGACCGAGGGACUGGAUGUGAUCAGGAAAGUGGAGUCGUUCGGAUCCCGUUCUGGGCGUACCUCCAAGAGGAUCACCAUCGCAGACUGUGGAGAGCUUAAGUAGCUUUGGACCGGACAAAUGGCACCUUAUUCCCUAUAUAGUGCACUACUUUUGACCAGAGUCCUAUGGACCCCUAUUCCCUAUGUAGUGCAUACCUUUUGACCAGAGCCUUAAUAGUGCACUAUAGAGGGAUCUGGUAUGGAGUCGGUGUGAUGGUUUCUGAACCCCCUGCUACUGUGAUUUUCAAUGUGAAAUGAUCUACUGUUUACGAUACAGACUGGAACAUGGGCUGUGUUUACACAGACGGCUCAAUUUUAUUGGUAAAAUAUCUGAGCUCAUUGAUCAAAAUAGCAAUGAUUAGCAAAAGAUCAGAAUAGGAUUGUGUCUUUAAACACAUCAAUUGUGUCUGUAUGGCAUGUUGACAAGUGUUUUUGUUUUUCUUUCUUCAGGGAUAUUAUGUCAAACACUGUUUUUAUUGGGGAAAGGGAAAGUUAGACUUAUUCUGUGGUUGAUCUUUUCGGUAGAGUUGUCAACCAUCUACUUACUGGGCCAGUGCUAAGCUAACUCAUUCAAUGUAAACAUAUCUGAUAAACUAGUUGAUGCCUGUGCGUGCGCCUCGGUUAACCAGUUUGUCUGUAAAAAAGACAAUGAUUCUGGAAAGCCUAAAAUGUUUUGUAACAGGGACUGGCAGUGACAUCUGGAAUAAACGUCAGAUGGGUU